AUGGCGACUCCAGGGAGAGGCAGGACAUUGCCCUACAGGAUCGAGCAUUUUAUUGUUCUGCUCUGUGUCUCGCACCUGGUUUCUGGACAAAUCCGCUACUCUAUCCCAGAGGAAAUGAAGACCGGCGCCUUUGUCGGAAACAUCGCUGAGGAUUUGGGAUUUGAGAUAGGGAAACUGUCUGCUCGGAAAUGCCGCCUCGUCUCCGAUAACGGAAAACAGUACUUUGAGGUGAAUCUCGAGAACGGAAUUUUAUUUGUGAAUGAAAGAAUGGACAGGGAUCGGCUUUGUGGCGAGAGCUCGACCUGUUUCAUCUCCUUUGAGGUCAUGAUGGAAAACCCUUUGGAAAUGUAUCGCGUUGAGGUGGAGAUCUUAGACAUCAAUGACAAUUCUCCUAGUUUUCCAGAAGGUGGGUUUGCCUUGCGCGUCGCCGAGUCCAUUGCGCCGGGAGCGCGCUUCCCUCUCGAGAGCGCGCACGACCCAGACGUAGGCUCCAACACAGUCAGCACUUAUCAGAUAAGCGCGAACGAUUUCUUUGGCCUAAAAGUGCAAACGAGAAGCAGCGGUAUGAAGGUUAUUGAGUUAUUACUGGAGAAGCCCUUAGACCGGGAAGAGCAGUCAACAAUUCAGCUGGUGCUGACGGCUGUUGACAAUGGGAACCCUCAAAGAACUGGCAAAGCCACGAUCACUAUAUCGGUAUUGGAUAUCAAUGACAAUGUGCCAAUCUUUGACCGCGAGGUUUACAAAGUGAGUUUGACAGAAAACGCGCCAGCUGGCACCUUUGUCAUAAAAGUCAACGCUGUAGAUUCAGACGAAGGAACAAACGCCGAGGUAACAUAUUCUUUCAGCAACCGUGCCUCACAACACGUCCGGGAAUUGUACAGCUUGGAUCCCAAAACGGGAGAGAUGAGAGUUGAAGGCGUGUUGGAUUUUGAAAGAUCACCCGUGUAUGAACUUGAUGUACAAGCUGUGGAUAAGGGCACCCCGCCAAUGGCAGGACAUUCCAGCAUUCACAUCCGAUUGAUUGAUGUCAAUGAUAACCCUCCGAAGAUACAGCUCACCUCAGUGUCCAGCAGCGUGCAGGAAGAUGCUGCGCCAGGCAAUAUAGCUGUAAUCAGUGUAACAGACGCGGAUUCUGGAAAAAACGCACAGGUUAAUUGUCAAGUUCCCACGAAUAUCCCGUUUAAAUUGCAAAAGAUGUCAGAGAACCAGUUUAAAUUAGUUACAACCGGCAGACUGGAUCGUGAAAAGUUUCAUGUAUACAAUAUACCCAUAUUAGCCUGGGAUUCGGGAUCCCCCCCUCUUUCGUCCAAUAAAACCCUCCUAGUGACUGUGUCUGAUAUCAAUGAUAACGCACCCAGGUUUGACCAGUCGUCAUACACUGCAUAUGUGAUGGAGAACAACGCUCCCGGUGAUUCCAUUCUAUCAGUUACAGUUUUGGAUCCUGAUUUAGACCAGAAUUCCCACGUGUCCUAUUCCAUCCUGGAGAAUCCCACAGGAAUGACGUCCUUUCCUUACAUCAGUGUCGACUCGAAAAGUGGGAACAUUUACGCGCUGCGCUCUUUUGACUACGAGCGGCUAAAACACUUUCAGAUCCAAGUUCAGGCGCGGGAUUCCGGAUCCCCGUCACUGAGCAGCAGCGCCGCAGUCAAUGUGAUUAUCUUGGAUCAAAAUGACAACGCUCCCGCGGUGGUUUCCCCUGUAACACGGAACGGAUCAGCAACCGUGGGUCCAGUGCCCCAGUCAGCACCAGCGGGAUACUUGGUGACCAAAGUAAUGGCGACUGAUGCUGAUUCUGGUCAGAACGCACGGCUUUCCUACCAGAUGCUUAAAGCUACUGACCCCAGUUUGUUCAGCCUGGGACGCAAUUCUGGAGAGAUCAGAGUAAGUAGAAGUUUAUUGGACAAAGAUGGCACCAAACAAAGUCUGCUCGUCUUGAUAAGGGACAACGGACAGCCCAGCCUUUCCGCCACAGUGACUGUCAUUGUUCCCAUCAUGGCCAACCUCACCGGACCCGAGUUUGAACAUAGCAACCUUCUCCAAACCUCUGAGGGUUUCUCUCAUCUAAAUCUGUAUUUAAUCAUCACUUUUGCCACGACUUCAUUCGUAUUUCUUUUGACCAUUAUAGUCCUAAUUGCUAUCAAAUGCCGCCAAGAUCACAACUUUACUGAUGGAUACAAGUCCGAAUUCUGCUGUUGCAGAUGGAGAAAUUCAAGGGAAUCUUUCACUCGGAGAUCCGCACCAAGAGAAUCCCUGAAUUACGAUGGAGUUAUGGACGGUGCCCCGAUCCCAGGAAGUUACAGUUACAGAUAUUGUUUAUCGCCCGAAUCAGCCAAAAGCGACUUCCUGUUUCUAAAAGCCUACAAUUCAUCUUUGCCCCAGAGUACUCUCAGGAUAACUGACCAUAAAACGAAUAAAUAAAAUGUUCAUGCAGUCAAUGCAGUGAAUAGCGGGCGAUAUUUCACUCACAGAAGGUGAGACGUUUCACUUAAAUGAAAAAAAAUCAUAGUCAGGUGCACAGGCAUAUUCAGUAAGGGUGGAAUCUCACUCCCUGAGGUUAAAAUUAAGACAAGAUUAUUUUGUGGCGAAUUCAGUGCUCAUGAGGUUGGCAUUGCUAAUGCGGAGAAGUUGAUACGUGUCCAGUUUGGGCAUUGAAUGUCAACAUCAAGGCUAAGAAAAGCACAUCCGUCACGCACCUCAUUUUAUUGGAUUCCACUUCAAAAAUUGGACCUGAAGUUUGUAUCAGCACUUCAACAUUUCACACGUUUAAUAUUUUCAUCUUCCCACCAUAUUCUUAGACUAACGUCAGAGUCCA